AUGUCAAAGCAGAAGAGAGCUACAUGUAUGACCAGUAUUGAAUCACGCCCGAUCUACUUGGAUGUGCAGACCUGGGAGUUGGAACAAUUCACCAAGAGAAGCCAGUUCGUGUAUAACAGAAUGGGUGGAAUUUAUCAUGAGAUCCUACCCAAAUCCGAGUACUUUUCCAAGGCACUGUACACCUUCCAUUUCGCCCAAAACAAUCUCUCUGUGGGCUACUUCACCAAUAAGACUACCAAACAGAUUGAGGCCUAUGACCCCGAUCCGAAGGAGCGGUUCACUGUGGCAAUGCAGAAACUCCGCGGAAAGCUGCUGCAGAUAGGUGUUGUGCUGGUAUAUUCUUUCUGUAGCCUUUGUUCAGCAAAUGCCAAAAAUAGUGUUUCUUUCAUGCGUACAUCGUUUCGUUUGGAGUUUUGCCCACUUGAUCUGAAUAUGAGGAAGGACAAAUAUCUUGUAGCAGAUCAGAUUCAGGUCAUGUCAUGA